AUGGAUCCCCUCCCCUUCGAGGCACAGUUCUCCAAAGCCCUCGCAGACAACACCAUCCCCGGCGCCGUCCUGCUAGCAAAAUCCAAAGAUGGCAAGAUCAACUAUACCAAGAGCUUCGGCCCGUGGGACGAAACCACGAUCUUGCGCCUCGCGUCCAUGACCAAGCUCCUGACCUCCGUCGCCGCCGCCAAGGCCAUCGAGCAGGACCUCAUCACCCUCGACUCAGACAUCGCCCCGCACCUCCCCACGCUAGCCGCGCAGCCCAUCCUGGCCGGCUUCUCGGCGGCGGGGGAGCCGAUCCUGAGGAAGCGCGAGAAGACAAUCACCCUCCGGCACCUGCUGUCGCACAGCUACGGCCAGGCCUACACGUUCCUGGACACGGAGGUCACGGGCCGCUACGCGCAGUCGGUCGGCAAGGACCCGGGGCUCGACAGCGUGAUGGGGCGGCGCAGCGUCGAGGACACCUUCGACUACCCGCUCGUCGCCGAGCCCGGCGAGGGUUGGGCCUACGGGCCCGGGCUGGACUGGGCGGGCCGUCUUGUCGAGGUCGUCUCGGGUGUGACGCUCGAGGAGUUCAUGCGGGCGCAUAUCUUCGCCCCGCUGGGUGUCGAGAACAUCACGUUCUUCCCUGCCCGGCUUCCCGGGGGCGCGGGGAAAGUCGCGGCGCUGUCAAUUAGGGACGGGCAGACCGGCAAGGCCAUCCCCGCGCCACCUGAGGCAGCCGGCGUCGACCCGGCUGAGGUAAAGCACUGCAUGGGGGGCGGAGGAAUGUUCGCUGCAAUGGGAGACUACCUGAAGGUUGUUAAGAGCAUCCUGGACGAUGACGAGAGGGUGUUGAACAGGGACACAGCGAGGCUGUUGUUCGCGCCACUGCUCAGUGAUGAUGGUAAAGACCGGGCUACGCUAGUUGAGGCUUUCCGGCACAUCGACUGGAUCGUUGGCUGGACGCCCGAGCCGGCCGAGGCGUACUCAUGGAGUUUGGCGGGAUUGCUCACGCCCGGCGGCAAUGCGCACCGGAGGAAGGGUUUCUUGCAGUGGAGUGGUGCAUAUAACCUCUCCUGGUUUAUCGACCGUGAGGCUGGGCUGACGGCUUUGUUCGCCACGAGUUUCCUACCUUCGGGUGACACGCAGGUGAAGGAGUUGAUGAAAGCAUAUGAGCUGGGGCUGUACGAGCAGCUAGAGUCGUAG